AUGGUUCAGGGCUCGAACGUUGAUCUCCGCCUCAAACUCAAUUUAGCAAGCCCCGUCCCCGCCCCUGCCCCGGAGGCCGGCCAACUCCAAACCCGUCAGUUCAUGGACUCGAAUGAUCUCACGUCCGGCUCCUGCAAGGACGUCACCUUGGUCUUUGCUCGAGGAUCCACCGAGUUGGGCAACAUGGGUUCCGUCAUCGGACCUCCCCUCUGCACCGCCCUGAAGUCCAAGCUUGGCGCCGACAAGGUUGCCUGCCAGGGUGUUGGCGGCCUCUACACUGCCGGACUGAUGCAGAAUGCCCUGCCGCAGAACACCGAUCCGGGGGCCAUCUCCGCUGCCAAGAGCAUCUUCGAGCAGGCGGCUUCCAAGUGUCCGAACACGAAGAUCGUGGCUGGUGGAUACAGUCAAGGAAGCGCCGUCAUCGACAACGCGGUGCAGGCGGUCAGCUCCUCCGUGCGCGACCAGAUCAAGGGUGUGGUGCUGUUCGGGUUCACCCGCAACGUCCAGGACCACGGCCAGAUCCCCAACUACCCCAAGGACGAUGUCAAGGUGUACUGCGCGGUGGGCGAUCUGGUCUGCGACGCGACGCUGAUUGUGACGGCCGCGCAUCUGACCUACGGGCUGGAUGCCGGGGAUGCGGCGAACUUCUUGGCGUCCAAGGUCAACGCUUAA